AUGGAAGACCACUUGACCAAACUCCACCGAUGUCUCUUCGAAUCCAGUUGCUCGUCCUCCGAUUUCCUGCACUCCCUCCGCUCGGACACUUCCAUCGCCAUCGCCCUCCAGCACUUCUACUUGAUUCUCAAGCGGGGUGUCUCCGUCGUCGAAGAAGAAGAAGAGCAUGAUGAUGGCCAGAGUGUCGAGGAUAAGAAGUUAGGGUUCCAGUUAUGGACCGAUUCACAGAUUCAGUCCGUCGUCUCGUUCGGCCUCGCGAUCGUCUCCGCUUCUAGAUCUUUUUCAGUUAACCAAGCGGAGCCAGUACUGAUCGCUGUUGUGCAACAAUUGUUGGAGUUCGCUGUUUGUUACUUGGAGAAAUCAGAAUUCUGCAAUGACGAAUCAAGUAUACAGAUUAAUUUGAUACUACUCAUGGAGUUGGCUUUGGUGAAAGAAAUAGAUAAAGUCCCUGACAGGUCUUGCCCUCUAAGUUGCAUUUUAGAAUUGUUGCCAGUUGUGUCUAGUGCUCGCUGUGAUGUCCAGUUUGAUAGCCAUAUAAAAUGCAUCCUCCAAGGCUCCAGUUGCUUGAGGGCGGAGAAACAGGUGGAUCGACUACUAAUGACACUAGAGACUGAAUAUCUUCAAACUGAGGGGCAAACUUCUGGUUUCAAUGGUCCCAUACAUGCUACGAGUAACUUGAUAUUUGCAUCUCAACAUUGGGCUCUAAUUCAUUUGGGUUUUGUUCGGCGUCUUAUUCCUCAUUGCACACAGCUGAUUGAACGGGCCGAUGUGCAUGGUGAGAAGGUGGCAGCUGCCAAAUUUUCUGAGAGGUUGUCGUUCAGUUUGAGGAUUCUAAGGUUACUCAGAAGCAUUGUGAAGGAGAACCCUUAUGUUGAGUAUGAUGCCUACCUAUUGGAGCAAGUUGCUUCAUUGGCUGAUACUCUACCUAGUGUCUUUAGACACAGGUUUGAAUUUGCUGAUAACCAAGGUGCCGCAGAGAGCGACUUUGAGAACCUUGUAUUAUCUCUACUAGAAGAGUUCCUUCAUCUAGUCCAAUCCAUAUUUGGCAACAGCAGCAUUUCUCAAAAUAUACAGGUGUGUAUUGUGGCUUCCAUAUUAGAAAACUUGGACUCUUCUAUAUGGAGAAAUGAAAAGUCUGCUGUCAGUCCAAAGCCACCUUUAGUAUAUUUUCCUCAAACUGUUGUUCUCAUGUUGAGAAUUGUUCAAGAUGUCAGAAGGGCAAUCAGUCAGGGUCAUAGGUCCAAGGAACUUGACAUAAAUCUCAUUGGAAGCUCUUCCAAUUUCCCAAACAAACCUCCAUCAUGCCAUUUACGCCUGAAGGAAGUUCCUUUGACGAAGAGUUUAACAACUGAGGAGGCAAUGAGAGUUAUAUUUACCUCAUCGGCUCAGUGGCUGGAUAAUCUAAUACAGCUUAUUAUCUUCCUUCAUCUGGAAGGUAUGAACUUCAGACCAAGAGUUGAAAAAUCACAGUCCAGCAGUGUCAAAGCUAAUUGUGCAGUAGAACUGGAAAAUGCAGCAUGCCACGAGGAUGAGGCUCUUUUUGGUAACCUUUUCGCUGAAGGUAGCCGUUCGGUAGGAUCAGUGGAAGUCUAUGAUCAGGCGCCAGUUGCUCUCAGUUCUUUCUCCAACAGUUGCAAUUUGCCAAUGCAAGCAGCCAGUGAGUUGUUGGGUGUUCUGAAAGAUGUUAUCUUCUCUCAAGAAUAUCCUACUCUGUAUGAGGAUGGCUGUAAAACGAUAAGAAAGAAUCAUAUAAAUGCCUUGCUCUCUCUCCUUAAUUGCCAGGAGUGUGGUUUAGAAGACAAGUCAUCUGAUGGUUUUGCGUCUGCGCCAGAUGAGGGAAAAACUGGUAAUAUCCAUGAACUAUGCCUUGAGCUUUUUUGCAGUCUUCUCGCUCAGUGCACUAUGUCAGCUUCCCUUGAAGAGAACCUUGUUGAACAAAUUUUAGCUGUUGAAAAUGGAGCAUUUGCUUACAGUGAUCGAACUCUGAUGUUGUUGGCUCAGACAGUGUUUAGUAGAGCUGGUUCUGAUGGUGGCAGAUUGAGAACCAGACUGUAUGGAGUUUUUGUGGACUUUAUUACUGAUAAGGCAAAACUUGUUUGUACAAACUGCCCUGAUUUCAGGAAACUUCUUCAAGCUCUUCCGUCAGUUUUUCACUUGGAAAUUCUCCUAAUAGCAUUCCAUUUGUCAUCUGCGGAAGAGAAGGCCAAGCAUGCUGACUUGAUAUUUUGUUCCCUUCGAGCAAUAGGUGGACCCUCUCAUAGUUUUUCCUGCUCGCAAUUAUCCUGCUGGGGAUUAUUAGUUUCAAGAUUCGUCUUACUACUGCGACACAUGGUUUUCUACGCAGAUACUUGUCCAUCAUCAUUGCUUCUGGAUUUACGAUCAAAGUUGAGGGAUGUCCCCUUUUGUGAUUCACUUCCUACUGGUGUAAAUGAUGAGUUAUUGUCCUGGGCAUCAAUUGCAGCAAAGAAUGUUCUGGGUGCAUUUGUUGAGGAAGAGUCUACAAUCAGCUGUUUGAUCAAUCAAUUGGUUGAUAUUUCAGCCCUUCCGCCUUCACUUUCUAGGGACAAGUUGGCCAUCACAUCAUUGACCCUGAACUGCGAUGAUCUGUGCGAUACAUUCUCGCUGAUUCUUGGGUACUGGAAAGGUAGAAAGACUAGUUCUGUAGAAGACCUGCUGGUUGAAAGAUACAUCUUCAUGCUGUGUUCGGAUGUACCUAUGAAGAAGACCUCGGCAGACAAUCAACUUCUUCUGUGGAGGGAGCCUGGGGCUAUAGACAUGUCUGAUAUUGGCUUCUUAUUUCACUUCAGCAAUGUUGUUAUGGGCUGCAGUCUUGACAGUGGGAUUGUUGAUGACCUUCAGGCUGCUGUUUUCAGUGCACUACAACACAUUUCUGCCAUGAAUAUACCAGAGGACGUUGAGGAACUAGGUUGGGAUUUCUUGAGGAGCAACAUGUCUCUAUCGUUUAUACUUUCUUUGGUUAAUGUUGGUUUGACCAGACAUGAAAACAAGAGAAAGGACACUGAGGUGGGUUUAUUCUUGGUUAAAGAUGCAACCUAUGAUGAUGUACAUUACCUCACAGUUGCUGAGAAGCUGGUUUCAUCCUUGAUUGGCAGAAAUUUGCUUGUAGACUUGUUGUCCUCCUUGUUGAAGAUCUAUCUGAAGGCUCACCAAAAGGCAUUUCUUGCCACCCUUAGUAGUAGCCAAUAUGAUCCUGAGGACUUAUCACCUCUAUUACUCCUGAAACUUUCCAAGUCCGAAAAAUGCCUGAUGGAUGAGAUUGUUAGGAAAAGUGGAAUAAGCUAUCGCAGUCUGGACUCCGCUUUUAACAUUUUGACAAAGGUGGAUUCUUUGGUCGAUGAAACAGCUCUAGGAAUUCGGAGCAAAGUAUUUUGGGAAUGUGCAUUGCAUGGUUUUCCUUCUGAUCUUCGGAUGCCAAGUGCCAUUCUUCUCUCUUGUGGUAUCAGCAUAAGGGCUAUUAUUACGGUUUUAGAUAAGUUGCUUGGACUUGAAAGUUUGAGCGGGAAAAUUAUCUUGGAAUCUGAGGUUCACCAACAGCUUCUUAGUUCUGUGAUGAUGGUGAAGUUUGAUCGGAUUUUUGAGAGCCUUGCUGGAAGAUGUGACACAGUUCUUGGUAACCUUAAUCCUGAUUUUGCCUUAUCAGAUGGUAGUGAUUUGUUUCUGCUGACGUACAUGGGGAGCUUUCUGAAGCACCAGAAUGCAUCAAAAUCAAGCGACAGUAGCGUACUUGAAUGGCUAAUCACCAGGACCAUUGAUAUUGCUGAAUGCUUGAGGAGACAACCAAGAAAUGUUGAGUUCUUUCUUGGCACAUCAGAUGGGGUGGGACUUGUCAAGCAGUUUGAUUGGUUGAAGUUUGGUGACUUUUUAGGUCUGCUUGAUUCGUUGGACAACUGUUCUUCUGAUGCAGUUAAUGUGAAGGUCCUCAAUUUCUUCGUGGAUCUCUUAUCUGGAGAAUCUUCUUCUGAGCUCAGACAAAGGAUACAGACCAAGUUCCUUGAAAUGGAUUCUGUUUGUUUGUCCAGAUGGUUAGAAAAGCGACUACUUGGUUCUGUUGUGGAGAUAUCUGGAGGGACACGAUGUGGAAAAGGGAGUUCUGUUUCUCUACGAGAAUCAACAACUAGUUUCAUUUUGUCUCUCGUGUCCUCAUAUUGUGAAUUGUCUUCAAAAUGUCUGCACCAUCAUUUGUUUAAAUCCUUGCUCAAUUUACUUGAUACUGCAUUCUCGCUAUUUGAUGUUCAUAUUGCCAAGUCCUUCUUCCAAGUGGUUAUUCAACUGUGCAGAGGAGAGCAAUCGAUGAAGUUGCUUCUUGAGACGACAAUAUUGUUGAUGGAGAAGUUGGCUGGUAACGAUUGUCUGCUUCCCGGGCUGAGAUUUCUUUUUGGCUUUCUUGAAACUGUUUUAAGUGAUUGUGGAUCCUGUAAGAAUCCUCUUGAGAAAUCUGCAGAAAAUUCUUUUCAUCUUAGCAGUAUUGGUGAGGCUUCAGCCCUUUUGAAGGCAAUAGGAUCGAGAAAGAAUCCUGAUGCUGUGGUCCUUUCCACAAAUCAGGAAAGGAGUAGUCCUGCAAUAGAGUGUGAUGCAACCUCUCUUGAUGAAGAUGAGGAUGAUGGUACAUCUGAUGGCGAGGUAGCUAGUGUGGAUAAAGAUGAUGAGGAUGAUAUCAAUAGUGAAAGAGCUCUUGCCUCAAAAGUAUGUACAUUUACAUCCAGUGGCAGCAACUUUAUGGAACAACACUGGUAUUUUUGUUAUACUUGUGACUUGACAGUGUCAAAAGGCUGUUGCUCUGUGUGUGCGAAAGUUUGUCACCAUGGUCACCGGGUUGUAUAUUCUCGGUCUAGUAGAUUCUUUUGUGAUUGUGGAGCUGGUGGUGUUAGGGGUAGCAAUUGUCAAUGCUUGAAGCCUCGAAAAUUUUCACCACAUGACAGUGGGCCAGUACGUAGUACAGGGCACUAUCAGUCCUUCUUGCCCUUCACUGAUGCUACAGAUCAGUUGCCAGAGACAGAUUCUGAUCUAGAAGAGGAUUUGGCAGUGGACGCAGAUAGUCCUGUUAGGUGGUCUAUUCCCAGAGAGAUUCAGGAUAAGAUCCCACUUCUUAUUGAAGAACUUGAUUUGGAGUCCAAAGUACUACAGCUUUGCUCUUCAUUGUUGCCUUCUAUAACGGCUAAAAGAGAAUAUGAACUCUCAAAGGAUAAGAAAAUCAUUCUCGGUAAGGACAAGGUGCUUUCCUUCGGAGUUGAGCUGUUGCAGUUGAAAAAGGCUUAUAAAAGUGGAUCGCUGGACCUAAAGAUAAAGGCAGACUAUUCAAAUACGAAGGAUCUUAGAUCACACUUGGCUACUGGUUCUCUUGUGAAGUCUCUGCUCAGUGUCAGUAAUCGAGGCAGACUUGCUGUUGGAGAAGGUGAUAAAGUCUCCAUAUUUGAUGUUGGUCAGCUUAUCGGACAAGCCACUGUUGCCCCGAUAACAGCAGACAAAACCAAUGUCAAGCCCCUUUCAAGAAAUGUUGUCCGUUUUGAGAUUGUACAACUUACCUUCAAUUUAGUCACUGAAAAUUAUCUUGCUGUGGCUGGGUAUGAAGACUGCCAGGUCCUCACUUUGAAUCCUCGUGGAGAGGUGACGGAUAGACUUGCCAUUGAACUUGCUCUUCAGGGUGCUUAUAUUAGACGGAUUGAGUGGGUUCCUGGUUCCCAAGUCAAGUUAAUGGUGGUGACUAAUAGAUUCAUCAAAAUGUAUGAUCUCUCUCAGGACAACAUCAGUCCUCUGCACUACUUCACCCUGGCUGAUGACAUGAUUGUUGAUGCUACACUUUUGAUGGCUUCUCAAGGGAGAAUGUUUCUGGUCGUUCUUUCUGAGAAAGGAAGGUUGUUCAGGCUAGAAGUGCCUGUGGAAGGAAAUAUUGGAGCAACACCAUUGAAAGAAAUUGUUCAGAUCGAGGAUCGUGUAAUCGACACAAAGGGCUUAUCUCUGUACUACUCUUCUACCUACAGAUUACUACUAAUCUCCUAUCACGAUGGUACUACUUUGAUGGGUCGUCUACGUCCUGAUGCAUCAUGUCUUUCUGAGACAUCUUUCGUGUAUGAAGAGGGACAGGAUGGCAGGAUGCUACCAGCUAGUUUGCAUCGCUGGACAGAAUUAUUGAGUGGUAGUGGUUUGUUCGCUUGCUUCUCGUCCAUAAAAUCUAAUUCUUCACUUGUUGUAUCCAUGGAAGCUGAUGCCUUUAAUGCACAGAGCUUGAGGCAUGCUGUCAGUGCGGCCUCAAAUUUAGUCGGUUUAGCUGCAUACAAGCCUUUGUCCAAGGACAAGAUCCAUUGUCUUGUUUUACAGGAUGAUGGAAGCCUUCAGAUAUAUGUACACUCACCAGGUGGAAAUGAUAGUGAUGGAAGUGUUGCAGCUGAGCAAGUAAAGAAGUUGGGUUCUGGAAUCCUUAACAGUAAAGUGUAUGCUGGUGUGAAGCCUGAAUUUCCUCUCGACUUCUUUGAGAAGACAGUUCUGAUCACUUCUGAUGUGAAACUGGGAGGUGAUGCAAUCAGAAAUGGUGAUUCUGAAGGAGCAAAACAGAGCUUGGGAUCAGAGGAUGGCUUUCUGGAAGGCCCUAGUCCUGCAGGCUUUAAGAUAUCUGUCUCCAAUCCAAACCCUGAUAUUGUGAUGGUUGGUAUUCGUGUCCAAGUGGGGAACACAUCUGCAAAUCACAUACCUUCUGAGAUUGGCAUCUUUCAGAGGGUUGUCAAGUUAGAUGAAGGCUUGCGUUCGUGGUAUGAUAUACCAUUCACUGUUGCAGAAUCUCUCCUUGCUGAUGAAGAAUUCAUCGUCACUGUGGGGCCAACUUUCAAUGGCACUGCACUACCUAGAAUUGACGCACUUGAAGUUUAUGGGCGAGCAAAAGAUGAAUUUGGUUGGAAAGAGAAGAUGGAUGCAGUUUUGGGUAUGGAAGCCCGUGUGCUGGGUUCGAAGUCAUCGCUUUCUGGGUCGGGUAAAAAAUCUAGGUCUGUGCAGUCUGCUUCCAUCCAGGAGCAGGUUAUAGCCGAUGGACUAAAGCUUCUAUCUAAAUUAUAUUCGUCAUCCCGGAGGGUAGAAGAUCAUGGUAAACUAGAGCUUCCUGAAUUGAAGUGCAAGAUGCUGUUGGAAAGCAUAUUUGAGAGUGAAAGAGAACCACUACUACAAGCUUCUGCUUGUCGUGUCCUGCAGGCAAUUUUCCCCAAGAAAGAGAGAUAUUACCAAGUUAAGGAUACAAUACGUCUCCAAGGAGUUGUUAAAUCAACUUCUAUUCUUUUAUCAAGACUAGGAGUUGGCGGAAUGACAGGAGGGUGGAUUAUCGAGGAGUUCACUGCUCAGAUGCGUGCCGUAUCUAAGAUAGCAUUGCACCGCCAUUCAAAUCUAGCCAAUUUUCUGGAGAUGAAUGGCGCAGAGGUGGUGGAUGGUUUGAUGCAAGUAUUGUGGGGGAUUUUGGACUUGGAGCAGCCUGACACGCAGACAAUGAACAAUAUCGUUAUUUGUGCUGUGGAGCUUGUAUAUUGCUAUGCUGAAUGUUUAGCUUCACACGGGAAGGAUGCAGGGAAGAGCUCCGUUGCCCCUGCUGUUGCUGUACUGAAGAAGCUUUUAUUCUACCCCAAUGAGGCUGUGCAAACGUCGAGCAGCCUGGCGAUAUCUUCAAGAUUGCUUCAAGUACCUUUCCCAAAACAAACUAUGUUAUCAACAGAUGAUGGUGCAGAAAAUGCUGUUUCUGCAUCUGGGCCAGGUGAUGCAACAGGCAAUGGGAACACACAAGUCAUGAUUGAAGAAGAUACUAUCACCUCAUCGGUUCAGUAUUGUUGUGAUGGUUGUUCAACUGUCCCUAUACUUAGGCGGAGAUGGCAUUGCACAAUCUGCCCUGAUUUUGACUUGUGUGAAGCUUGUUAUCAAGUAUUGGAUGUUGAUCGUCUCCCCCCGCCCCAUUCCAGGGAUCAUCCUAUGACUGCUAUUCCAAUUGAAGUGGAAUCAUUGGGAGGAGAUGGUAAUGAGAUUCACUUCUCCAGUGAGGAUGUAAAUGAUUCUAACUUGAUGCGUGUCACAUCUGACAUUGGCCUACCGAGUUCCGCUCCUUCAAUUCAUGUUCUGGAGCCCAAUGAGUCUGGAGAAUUUUCUGCUUCGAUGACAGAUAUUGUCUCCAUUUCUGCUUCGAAACGGGCUGUGAACUCCUUGCUUCUUGCUGAACUGCUUAAACAGUUGGGUGGAUGGAUGCACACAACUUCUGGUGUUCGGGCUAUCCCUGUUAUGCAACUCUUCUACAGGCUAUCAUCUGCUGUGGGUGGGCCAUUUAUAGAUGGUUCACAGCCCGACACCCUUGCCCUAGAGAAGUUGAUCAAGUGGUUUUUAGACGAGAUAAAUCUUGAUCAACCUUUUGCAGCUAGAACACGUUCAUCCUUUGGAGAGGUUGUGAUUCUUGUCUUCAUGUUUCUUACUUUGAUGCUUCGAAAUUGGCACCAGCCUGGUACUGAUGGUUCUGUGAAAUCUAGUGGGACUGUUGAGAAACAUGAUAAGAGUAUUAGUCCGGUCAUUUCUGUUACUUUACAAUCUACCUUGGACGGUCAAGAGAAGAAUGAUUUUGCAUCCCAGCUGAUUCGAGCAUGCAGCUCUUUGAGAAAUCAAGCUUUUGUGAACUAUUUGAUGGAUAUCUUGCAGCAGUUAAUGCAGGUUUUCAAGUCCUCUAGUGGGAAUUUGGAGAGCUCUGUCUCAAACAAUGGUUCGGGAUGUGGGGCUCUAUUAACUGUCCGGAGAGAUUUACCAGCUGGCAACUUUUCCCCAUUCUUUUCUGAUUCAUAUGCUAAAGCGCAUCGUGGUGAUAUUUUUAUGGAUUACCAUAGGUUAUUACUAGAGAAUGCGUUCAGGCUGGUGUAUACAUUGGUCAGACCGGAGAAGCAAGACAAGACAGGUGAUAGAGAGAAGGUUUACAAGGCCUCUUCUGGUAAGGAUCUGAAGCUAGAUGGAUAUCAGGAUGUCCUCUGUAGCUAUAUUAACAAUCCUCACACCACGUUUGUUAGAAGACAUGCAAGGAGGCUAUUUCUGCAUAUUUGUGGAAGCAAAACUCACUAUUACAGUGUCCGAGAUUCAUGGCAAUUCUCAAGCGAAGUGAAGGAACUUUACAAGCAUAUUAAUAAAUCUGGUUCACUUCAAAAUCCAGUCCCGUACGAGAGGAGUGUAAAGACAGUUAAGUGCUUAUCUACAAUGGCUGAGGUGGCUGCAGCGCGGCCACGAAAUUGGCAGAAGUACUGUUUGAGGCAUGGAGAUGUGUUACCCUUUCUUAUGGGUGCAAUAUUCUAUUUCAGUGAGGAGUCUGUUGUUCAGACUCUAAGACUUCUCAAUCUGGCAUUCUAUUGUGGAAAGGAAAUGAGCCACUCCUUGCAGAAAGUUGAAGGUGGGGACCCUGUUUCAAGCUCGAGUAAAUCUGGCUCACAGUCUGGAGAUUCAAAGAAGAAGAAAAAGGGUGAAGAUGGAAACGAAUCUAGUUCGGAGAAGUCAUAUUUGGAUAUGGAGGCAGCAGUAGAUAUCUUUACUGACAAGGAUGGUGACACUCUGAGGCAAUUUGUUGAUUGUUUUUUACUGGAGUGGAAUUCAAGCUCUGUGCGUGCAGAAGCCAAGUGUGUUCUUUAUGGUACCUGGCAUCAUGGGAAGCAUUCCUUCAAGGAAAUGAUGUUAGUGACCCUCUUGCAGAAAGUGAAGAACUUGCCUGUAUAUGGUCAGAAUAUUGUUGAGUUCACUGAACUAGUCAUCUGGUUAUUGGGGAAGAGUCCAGAUAAUAGUUCGAAGCAGCAGAGCACUGAUCUUCUCGAUCGUUGCUUGACUAAUGAGGUUAUUAGGGGUAUCUUUGAUACUCUUCACUCACAGAAUGAGCUUAUAGCUAAUCAUCCAAAUUCUCGUAUAUACAAUACUUUGAGUGGCCUUGUUGAAUUUGAUGGUUACUACCUUGAAAGUGAGCCUUGUGUUGCAUGCAGCUCUCCUGAAGUGCCCUACAGUCGGAUGAAACUAGAAAGCUUGAAGUCUGAAACAAAGUUUACAGAUAACCGCAUCAUUGUAAAGUGCACUGGGAGUUACACCAUCCAGUCUGUUACAAUGAAUGUCCAUGAUGCGCGCAAAUCUAAGUCUGUGAAAAUCUUGAACUUGUAUUACAACAACAGGCCUGUAGCUGAUUUAUCUGAGUUGAAGAACAAUUGGUCGUUGUGGAAACGAGCAAAAAGUUGCCAUCUUGCUUUUAACCAAACAGAGCUGAAAGUGGAGUUUCCUAUUCCAAUCACUGCCUGUAACUUCAUGAUUGAACUGGAUUCAUUCUAUGAAAAUCUUCAGGCUCUAUCCCUGGAGCCAUUGCAGUGCCCACGGUGUAGUCGGCCUGUGACUGAUAAGCAUGGGAUCUGUAGCAACUGCCAUGAGAAUGCAUAUCAGUGUAGGCAAUGCCGCAACAUAAAUUAUGAAAAUCUGGAUUCUUUCUUGUGUAAUGAAUGUGGGUAUAGCAAAUAUGGCCGGUUUGAGUUCAACUUCAUGGCAAAGCCGAGUUUCACAUUUGAUGAUAUGGAGAAUGAUGAAGAUAUGAAGAGGGGUUUGGUAGCUAUUGAGUCGGAGUCGGAAAAUGCUCAUAGGAGAUACCAGCAACUUCUGGGUUUCAAGAAGCCCCUUCUUAAGAUUGUAUCAAGUAUAGGGGAGAAUGAAAUGGAUUCGCAGCAGAAAGAUUCCGUUCAGCAAAUGAUGGUUUCUCUACCUGGACCUUCGUGCAAAGUGAAUCGGAAGAUUGCUCUUCUUGGUGUCUUGUAUGGGGAAAAAUGUAAGGCUGCUUUUGAUUCUGUUAGCAAAAGUGUCCAGACACUGCAGGGACUCCGCCGUGUUCUGAUGAGUUAUCUGCACCAGAAGCGUUCCGAUGAUUCUGUUACUGCCUCUAGAUUUGUUGCGUCCAGGUGUCCCAAUAACUGUUAUGGCUGUGCAACCACUUUCAUCACGCAAUGUUUGGAGAUGCUGCAAGUUCUAUCAAAACAUUCUAGUUCGAAAAAACAACUUGUAACAGCUGGCAUCUUAUCAGAGUUGUUUGAAAACAAUAUUCACCAGGGUCCAAAAACUGCACGGGUCCUGGCAAGGUCUGUUCUAUGUGCUUUCUCAGAAGGUGAUGUUGGUGCAGUGAUUGAGUUGAACAGUUUAAUACAGAAAAAAGUUAUGUACUGCCUCGAACAUCACAGGUCCAUGGACAUUGCUGUUGCCACUCGGGAGGAGAUGAUGUUACUAUCAGAAGUGUGUUCCCUAGCAGAUGAAUUCUGGGAGUCACGGCUGCGUAUUGUAUUCCAGCUUUUAUUUUCAUCCAUCAAGUUGGGGGCUAAACAUCCUGCAAUAGCUGAGCAUAUCAUUCUUCCUUGUCUAAGGAUUAUCUCCCAGGCUUGCACCCCUCCUAAAGCUGAUAAAACAGAAAAAGAGCAAGCCAGUAUAAAGCCCGUCUCUACAUCACGGUUGAAGGAAGAUAUUAGCUUUAGUACAUCUUUCAGUGGUAAGUCAUUAGAAAUGCCCAAGAAAGAUCGUUCAGGUUCUAAUAAGACACAAGAUAUUCAGCUGUUGAGUUAUUCAGAAUGGGAAAAAGGAGCUUCAUACCUUGAUUUUGUGAGAAGGCAGUACAAGGUGUCUCAGCCAGUUAAAGGUCAUAGAUCUCGGCCACAGAGACAUGAAUACUUGGCCCUCAAAUAUUUGCUUCGAUGGAAGCGACGUGCUAGUAAGACAGCAAAGGGUGGCUUGUCUACUUUUGAGCUAGGGUCAUGGGUGACGGAACUUGUUCUUAGUGCCUGUUCUCAGUCCAUCCGGUCAGAGAUGUGCCUGCUGAUUAAUUUACUUUGUGCCCAAAGCUCAUCAAGACGGUUCCGGUUGUUGAAUCUGCUCAUGGCAUUGUUACCAGCAACUCUUGCAUCUGGUGAAAGUGCUACUGAAUACUUUGAAUUGCUUUUCAAGAUGACUGAUUCCGAAGAUGCUCUUCUGUUCUUGACGGUACAGGGAUGCCUCAGUACAAUCUGCAAAUUGAUUACUCAGGAAGUGGGUAAUGUUCAUUCCUUGGAAAGGAGUUUGCAUGUAGAUAUUUCACAGGGAUUCAUCCUUCACAAGCUUAUAGAGCUCCUUGGAAAAUUCUUAGAGGUUCCAAAUAUAAGAUCCAGAUUUAUGCGUAACAAUUUGUUGCCGGAUAUCCUUGAGGCUCUUAUUGUAAUUAGAGGUUUGGUAGUACAAAAGACGAAGUUGAUAAGUGAUUGCAAUCGUCUUCUGAAAGACCUUCUUGAUGGACUUCUACUUGAAAGCAGUGAAAAUAAGAGACAGUUCAUUCGAGCCUGUGUCAGUGGCCUGCGAAUCCAUGCUAAGGAAAGGAAAGCCCGCACAUGUCAGUUUAUACUUGAGCAGCUUUGCAACUUGAUCUGUCCCUCAAAGCCAGAGUCGGUCUAUUUAUUGGUUCUAAACAAAGCUCACACACAAGAAGAGUUUAUGAGAGGAUCCAUGACUAAGAAUCCCUACUCUAGUGCUGAGAUUGGCCCUCUCAUGCGUGAUGUUAAAAAUAAGAUCUGCCAGCAAUUGGAUCUGCUUGGACUCAUCGAAGAUGACUAUGGAAUGGAACUGUUGGUUGCUGGAAAUAUCAUUUCUCUUGAUUUAAGCAUUGCUCAAGUAUAUGAGCAGGUGUGGAAGAAAUCAAACAGUCAAUCAUCAAAUUCCAUGAUCAAUAACACCCUGCUAUCCUCAAGUGCUGCUUCGGCUAGAGACUGCCCACCUAUGACAGUGACCUACCGUCUUCAGGGAUUGGAUGGUGAAGCCACUGAGCCCAUGAUAAAAGAGUUAGAGGAGGAUAGAGAGGAAUCACAAGAUCCAGAGGUGGAAUUUGCCAUAGCUGGUGCAGUUCGUGAGUGUGGUGGCUUGGAGAUCUUGUUGGGAAUGAUCCAGCCACUGCAAGAUGAUUUCAAGUCAAACCAUGAGCAGUUGGUUGCAGUUCUGGAUCUCCUCAUGCACUGCUGUAGGAUAAGGGAGAACAGACGUGCCUUAUUAAAGCUUGGAGCUUUAGGCCUUCUUCUUGAAACAGCAAGGCGUGCUUUCUCUGUGGAUGCUAUGGAGCCAGCAGAAGGCAUCCUUCUGAUUGUAGAAAGUCUGACUCUGGAGGCUAAUGAGAGUGAUAACAUUAGCAUUACACAGAGUGCCCUUACUGUUAGCAACGAGAAAACGGGCACGGGAGAAGAGGCAAAGAAAAUAGUUCUCAUGUUUCUGGAAAGAUUGUGCCACCCUUCUUCGGGCCUCAAGAAAUCAAACAAACAACAGAGGAACACUGAGAUGGUUGCUAGAAUCUUGCCCUAUCUAACUUAUGGAGAACCUGCUGCGAUGGAAGCACUUGUUGAGCACUUCAACCCGUACUUGCAAGACUGGAAGGAAUUCGACAACUUGCAAAAAGAGCAUGAAGAUAAUCCAAAGGACGAUGUCAUCACUGAGAAGGCAGCCAAGCAGAGGUUCACCAUAGAAAACUUUGUUCGGGUGUCGGAAUCGCUGAAGACGAGUUCUUGUGGGGAACGGUUGAAAGACAUCAUUGUGGAGAAGGGAAUUACAGAUACUGCGGUUAGGCAUUUGAGGGAAAGCUUCGCUGUAGCAGGUCAGGCUGGUUUCAAAUCUACUGCAGAGUGGGCAUUGGGUCUAAAACUGCCAUCAGUUCCUCUUAUAUUGUCUAUGCUGAGGGGAUUGUCAAUGGGGCAUUUCUCAACCCAAAGGUGCAUCGAUGAGGGACGGAUCUUACCACUGCUCCACACUCUAGAAGGAGUGUCUGGGGAAAACGAGAUUGGGGCCAGGGCUGAGAACUUGUUGGAUACACUGUCUAAUAAGGAGGGGAAAGGCGAUGGCUUCUUAGAAGAAAAGGUGCAUGAGUUGCGUCGUGCCACCAAGGAUGAGAUGAGGCGCCGAGCUCUGAGAAAGAGAGAGGAAUUGCUUCAGGGGCUUGGAAUGAGGCAAGAACUGUCUUCAGACGGUGGCGAGAGAAUAGUUGUCGCAAGGCCUAACCUAGAAGGUCUGGAAGACGUGGAGGAAGAAGCAGAUGGCUUGGCAUGCAUGGUAUGUCGAGAAGGCUACAGCUUGAGACCGAGCGACUUGCUGGGCGUUUACACAUUCAGCAAGAGGGUGAAUCUUGGUGCUGGGACUUCAGGAAGUGCUCGUGGCGAAUGUGUUUACACUACUGUCAGUUAUUUCAACAUCAUUCAUUUCCAGUGCCAUCAGGAAGCGAAAAGGGCAGAUGCUGCAUUAAAAAAUCCCAAGAAAGAGUGGGAGGGAGCUACACUCAGAAACAAUGAGUCCCUCUGCAACUCCUUGUUCCCGAUUAGAGGUCCACUUGUCCCAUUAUCGCAGUAUGCCCGUUACGUGGACCAGUUCUGGGACAACCUUAAUGCCCUUGGACGAGCUGAUGGGAGCCGGCUUCGACUACUAACUUACGAUGUUGUGCUGAUGCUUGCCCGAUUCGCAACUGGAGCAUCUUUCAGUGCAGAAAGCAGGGGUGGAGGGAGGGAAAGCAACUCGCGUUUCCUACCUUUCAUGGUCCAAAUGGCGCAUUACCUCUUCGAACAAGGAAGCUCAUCCCAGCGUCGGAACAUGGCAAAAACCAUCUCGUCAUAUAUAGCUUCCUCUCCUUCAGACUCCAAAUCCUCUGUUCUUGCAGCAGCACAUCCUGUCAUGGGAACAGAAGAGACCGUGCAGUUCAUGAUGGUCAACUCCCUCCUCUCGGAAUCCUACGAGUCCUGGCUGCAACACCGCCGUGCCUUCUUGCAGCGUGGAAUAUUCCACGCAUACAUGCAGCACACCCACGGGCGAUCAUCCACAUCCCGGACAUCGAAAGAAGCAAGUACCAGCAUAGCAUCGGGCCAAGACAAGCCCGACGAGCUGCUCUCCAUUGUUCGGCCGAUGCUGGUCUACACGGGGUUGAUAGAGCAGAUGCAACGGUUCUUCAAGGUGGUGAAGAAAGGGUCGAUGAGUGGGCCAUCAGACAGAAGCGUAGAAGACAAUGGCGAGAACAUGGAAGCUUGGGAGUUGGUGAUGAAAGAACGGCUGCUGAAAGUGAGUGAGAUGCUCGGGUUCUCGAAAGAGCUGGUGUCUUGGUUGGAGGAGAUGAACUCCGCCACCGAUUUGCAGGAGGCCUUCGACAUAAUCGGUGUCCUGCCGGACGUGUUGUCUGGUGGGAUAGUGAAAUGUGAAGAUUUUGUGCAUGCUGCGAUUGAGGCGGGAAAGAACUGA